ACAUCUGGAAUGCGUCAGAGGAGGGGACUCGACAUCUGCAUGUCUGAGAUCAGAUAACAGGCAGACCGCCGAGCGUCUCAGCCCUUCUACUGCUGAUACUACAACCACUGCUACUACUCUACCACAACUGGCGCUUCUGCGACUGCUGUGAAACCGCAGGACUGUUAGAGGAAGGGGAAGACAGUUGCUGCUGCUGCAGCAGAAAAACAGAGAUAGGAGCAGAGGUGUUGGAAAGAAGAAGAGAACAGCAGGAGCAGAAAAGGUGUAAGCAGUGUACGAAAAGAAGAAGAUGAGGGUGUUUUUCGGGACUCUGGUCUCCGUCUCUCUGCUGUCGUUGGUCUGCAGCGUUUCUCCGUCUUCUCGGCCUGCAGACGAAUGCUCCGGGAUGUCUCUCCGUCUACGGGCGUUCAAGCUGAUGACCACGUGUAACUUCACCACUCUGAAGGAGAAGCAGCUGAAGGAGAUCCAGGCUCCGACCACCAACCUGUACCUGCCGAUCCUGUACCUGCUGGCCUUCAUUGUGGGUCUCCCCUCCAACCUGCUGGCUCUGUGGGUUCUGGUGUUCAGGACCAAACCGCAGCCAUCCACCACGCUGCUGAUUAACCUGACGGCCGCUGACUGCCUGCUGCUGCUGGUGCUGCCAUUUCGUAUUGUGUACCACUUCAGGGGGAACCACUGGGAGCUGGGCGAGCCGUUCUGCCGCGUCGUCAUAGCGAUGUUUUACGGCAACAUGUACGGGUCUGUGUUGUGUCUGGCACUUGUGGCUCUGGACCGAUACAUCGCUUUGGUUCACCCAUUUGGCGCCAAGACGCUGCGCAGCCAGCGGACGUCCCUGUACAUGACGGUGGCGGUGUGGGCUGUGGUGCUGGCCGCCAUGCUGCCGCUGCUGGUGUCGCAGCAGACCUACGUGCUGGAUGAGCUGCGGAUCACCACCUGCCACGACGCACUGCCCGAGGAGGAGCAGGAGAACUACUUCCUGCCGUACUUCGCUUCCUUGUUCUCUGUCUGCUUCCUGCUACCCUUCGUGGUUGUCCUGUUCUGCCACGGCGCCGUGCUGCGCACCCUGUUGGCUGAGGGGAAGCGCUACGGUCACGCCGUCCGGGUGACGGUGCUGGUCCUGCUGGUCUUCAUCGGGUGUCUGCUUCCCAGCAACAUCCUCCUCCUCCUCACCUACGCUGACAACUUGCCAGACGGAGACGGCGAGGACAUCUACGUCCCGUACAUGGUUAGCUUAGCAGUUAGCACCUUCAACAGCUGCAUCGACCCCUUCAUCUUCUACUACGUGUCGGGGGAGUUCAGGGAGAAGGCCAGGAGCACUCUGUGCUGUCGCAGCGUCUCCGGAGACAGAGCGUCCUCUCUGGGGAACAAUGUGUCGUACUCCUCAUCAUCAUCUGGUUUGAGGUCAAAGGUCACCCUGCUGUCUAAAUCCAGUCAGCGGGGGAUGUCGGAGACGGUGUGAGGACGCGUCAGAACCACAGGUCUUUCUCAGUCUGAAACCAUGUGAAUCGUCAUCAGUCAUGGGCCUGUUCACGUUCAGAUGAGCUGAAGAGGUGUCACUCUGCCUGUUAUCAGGAUACUUUUGACGAGUAUCCCAGCAUGCAUUUCACACCAACCAGCCAUGAUUUUGAGUCAAACUCAGAGCUGUUUCCAUUUUCCUCGUCGAAGCUGUUUUUAUGACACUUUAUUAAGUUCUGACAUUUCUUUCAGGCGAGACAGUUUAGAUCUCUCAGAUGUUCAGUUUAUGAAAAUAAAUUCACUCUGAUGUUUUCAGAGACAUGAGGACCGACCAUUCAUCUCAGCAGCAAACAGGCCGACUCCUGGGUUGAGCUUUCAGUCAGAGUCCAUGGUCAUCCUCCUCUGGACAACAGUUUUGAUAUGUGAUCUAAUUCCUUCUGGAAGAUAACGUUUGGUGUCAGAGUGUGAAAUAGAGCUGUGAGGUUGGACUUGAUGUACUCUUUUCCGAGAAAAGCCUCACGUUUACCUGUCACCAGGACAAAGUGACGGUCACAUGACUGCUGAUAUCAUCACAGCUGUCACUCAAACAUCUGUGAACGUCUCAUCUGACAUGGAUCACUUCUCCUUUAACCUGAGAACAUAAUCCAUGAUACGAAGGCAUUAUUGAUCCCUGAUGACUUGAUCCAUUGCGAUAAAAAUCAGUUGAUAUCUGAUAUCAUCCUCGCUUUAUGAUUAUUACUUUUGUUUAUUUACACAUGAAUAAAAAUGAGAAAGAAAAUAAGCGUGAAGAGAAGAUUAGUUCUGCUCCGGUGUGUAUCUCUGAAUACUCUGCUGAACCCAGUGCAGAGUAUUAAACCUGUUUCCUACAGAAAUCAGCCUGUUUUGAAAUUUCCCCAAAAAUGUCAUAUUUAUUUUGAAUAAUAAACCUUAAAGGUGGAGUCAGUGAUUCUUAUCCAGCACACUUUUUGUCAGAUUCAGUGAAUAUGUCCUCCCGGUCCAUUAGCUGUCCGUUCUCUGUGUGUGCUGAAAAAAAUAUCAGGUGUUCCUACACAGCCUUGGUUCUGUAAACGGGAAACAGACAAAGUGGGUUGGACCAAGUCACACAACACUAUUCCAGCCAAUCAGCAACAGGGGUUGCUCAUGCUUGUGCACAGAACAAGGAAAAGAAGAAGAGGGGAGACGGUGGGAAAGGGGGCGGCGGGAGCGAAAGGCGGUAAAUCUGGCACAUGCUAAUGGAUAGUGCCAAUUUAAGGAUUAAUGGGGAGGAGCAGGAGCAGGAGCAGUUUGCGCUUCUGUCACCGCCAGACCAUGUAAAGUUUCGAGUUCUGAAAUAAAAUAUAUCUUCAGUUAUAAAACAAGAGCUAUCCUUUAAAUUCAUUCACAGAUUUGUUUGCCUUCUAGUCAUCAUCUUACAAGAUUUGUUAAAACCACUGAUACCUUUUCUUUUGUGAGUGUCACUCACUUUUUUACUGUCAGUGCUGUAGAAGUGUUUGGAAGGAUCUAAUUGCUGUUGUAAUUCCGAAAGUUAUCUUUCUCUCUUUCUGAAAUGGGAAAAUGUUUUUUCUGGCUUCUUUGACCAAAGCAGGAAUAAUAAAGACAAAUUCUAUGAUCAAUCUGAUCAUACAUAUGGAAAAAUUGUAUUUCCACAAGUGUAAAUGCUCUGACAGCAAAGCCCUUUUUCCUGCUUUGGUUAAUAAGAUUAAAAACUACAUCUGUAUUAUUUCUUACAAUGUGAAUAGAAAAGCUGUCAAAAUGUAAUGCAUCUGUUUGUCUUUUGGUCCUUUUAUGUAAAUAUGUGUCUUCUUGGUAAAACCUCCGCAGCCUAAACACUGGCUCUACUUUAUUUUGCUGUCUGCUUCUGUAACCUUAAUUUUGCUUGGUGUUAUACGCAUCUGUUUGCUUGUUCUGAGUU